UGAAUAACUAACACCAGUCUGGCAAUCACUAGUAGCAUUUUCCAUUCCUAUAUAUAUAUACAAUUCAGUCACUCCCUCACUUUGAAACUCAAUUACGACCUUCUCAUUCGCUUUAUCUCUCUCGUUCUUGCAUCGCUUCUCUCACUCGGUAGGGGAUGGUGUUCUUUAGAGGUGUCUCUCUGCUUUCUCGACUUCGGUCUCGUGCUGUUCAGCAGUCUAAUCUCAGCAAUUCCGUGAGAUGGAUUCAGAUGCAAAGCUCCUGCGAUCUUGAUCUUCAUUCUCAGUUGAAGGAAUUGAUCCCUGAGCAACAGGAGCGUCUCAAGAAAAUAAAGGCAGAGCAUGGAAAAGUUCAGUUGGGAAAUAUUACUGUUGACAUGGUACUUGGAGGAAUGAGGGGAAUGACGGGAUUGCUUUGGGAAACCUCGUUACUCGAUCCAGAUGAGGGAAUUCGAUUUCGGGGUUUGUCAAUUCCCGAAUGCCAAAAAUUGCUUCCGGGUGCAUAUACUGGUGGUGAACCUUUACCUGAGGGUCUUCUCUGGCUUCUUUUAACUGGAAAGGUACCGAGCAAAGAGCAGGUUGAUGCUCUGUCAAAAGAAUUGCGUGAUCGUGCCACUGUUCCAGAUUAUGUUUACAAGGCAAUUGAUGCUCUACCUGUCUCAGCUCAUCCCAUGACCCAAUUUGCAUCUGGUGUUAUGGCUCUUCAGGUGCAAAGCGAAUUUCAGAAAGCAUAUGACAAAGGAAUUCACAAAUCAAAGUACUGGGAGCCAACGUAUGAGGAUUCUCUCAAUCUUACUGCCCGUGUGCCAAUAGUAGCUUCAUAUGUCUAUCGGAGGAUGUACAAAGGUGGAAAGUUUAUUCCCAUGGAUGACUCGCUGGAUUAUGGUGCAAACUUUUCUCACAUGUUGGGAUUUGAUAGCCCUCAAAUGCAAGAGCUUAUGAGGCUUUAUGUUACCAUCCAUAGUGAUCAUGAAGGUGGCAAUGUCAGUGCUCAUACUGGCCACCUGGUUGCUAGUGCACUUUCAGAUCCUUAUCUUUCAUUUGCAGCUGCGUUGAAUGGUUUAGCUGGGCCGCUGCAUGGCUUGGCUAAUCAGGAAGUUCUGCUGUGGAUAAAAUCUGUGGUUGACGAGUGUGGGGAGAAUAUAACUACAGAACAACUCAAAGACUACGUGUGGAAAACAUUAAAUAGUGGGAAGGUUGUUCCCGGAUUCGGUCAUGGAGUAUUACGUAAAACAGAUCCACGAUACACAUGCCAAAGGGAGUUUGCACUGAAGCAUUUACCUGAUGAUCCACUGUUCCAGCUGGUCUCCAAGCUAUAUGAUGUUGUGCCUCCAAUCCUUACGGAGCUAGGCAAGGUUAAAAACCCCUGGCCCAAUGUCGAUGCACACAGUGGCGUAUUGCUGAACUAUUAUGGUUUAACUGAAGCAAGGUAUUUCACUGUUCUUUUCGGUGUAUCAAGGAGUAUUGGCAUUUGUUCUCAGCUAAUAUGGGACCGAGCUCUUGGAUUGCCACUUGAGAGGCCAAAAAGUGUUACAAUGGAAUGGCUUGAAAAUUAUUGCAAGAAAGCAGCUUCUUCCUAGAUGCUGUGUCAUUUAUACUUUUGGUAAUAAUUGCUGAGGAACAUGGGUUUUGCUGUGGAUGAUCGGGUGGUGUAAAGUUUGCGAGCUUCACUUGUGCAGUCAAAUUACCAGAACUCUUUAACAAUGCCACUGCUGAGUCUCUUUUGGCAAAUUCUUUCAGUUGUAAAAGGGGGUCCGAUUUCAUAUCUUAUGUAAUAAAUAACAAACUGAUACAGUAAAUUUAGUCGGAUUAUGAAUCAGGUUAUAAUGCUACCAUUAGAAUAAAAAGUGUUAAUCUGUGGAGGCACGUGGUAUUUGUUUUUUGCCCCUGGCUACCUUUGUCAAUAAAAUAUUUUAUUGAGACGUAA